AUGGACGCUUUAAGGCUGUUGCACGCUUCCCAUGUCAGACCAAGACUUGAGUAUGGUGGUGCGGCCGAUGAACUGGAUAAGUUGGAGCAUGUACAACGUGCUGCAAUUAGACUCGUUGUUGGACUACGCGGGACUAGCUAUGAAGGUUGUCUACAGGCUACUGGUCUGUUUCCAAUUGCGUAUCGACUCCUCAGGGGAGAUUUCAUCUGCCUGAGGAAGAUUCUGAGAGGUGACAUGGGCCCGGAACUGUAA